AGAGCUGUCCCCCACACCCCACACCCCACAAGCAGCCCAAACAGAGAGGCAGUCCGUAAAGUAGAGCGGAAAAUUUCAUCCAGGUCAUUCUCUCUUUCUCUGUUUGCCUCCUCCGUCUACUAUCCUGGUAGUUUUCCAGUUGGAGGGACCAGAAGGCUUGGGGAAAUUCCACCUGGGUGGGAAAGGGGGAGACGUCCCAAGGUGAAUGGCCGGGUGUCUUGGCAAAACCGGAGCGCAGGUGUAUGGAAGCGAUCUCCUCUCUCAUCAGCAGCUGCAGCCCGCAAGAUGCGCCCUUCAUCUCUCCCACCAGGACAAAGGCGCCAGAAAAGAUGGAUCUGGGGAUGCUUUUUGGUCCAGGCCUGAAUCUCGAAUAUGGACUAUGAUGCUGCUGCUCGGAACCUGCUUGCUGUACUGUGCAAGGGUUGCUAUGCCCAUCUGUGCGGUAGCCAUGAGCGCUCGCUUUGACUGGGACAAGAAGCAGUCCGGCAUAGUUCUCAGCAGCUUUUUCUGGGGCUACUGUUUAACCCAGAUCAUUGGAGGGCACCUGAGCGACCGGAUAGGAGGAGAGAAAGUGCUCCUCCUCUCCGCGUCGGCCUGGGGGUCCAUUACUGCCCUCACCCCUCUGCUCAUCUACCUCGGCUCUGCCCACCUCAUUCUUAUGACCAUCUCCCGGUUCCUCAUGGGGCUCUUGCAAGGGGUUUUCUUUCCUGCUCUGGCCAGUUUGUUUUCUCAGAAAGUGCGGGAGAGUGAAAGGGCAUUCACCUAUAGCACAGUAGGAACAGGAUCUCAAGUUGGGACACUGGUGAUGGGUGGAGCAGGAUCCGUCCUCCUGGAGUGGUAUGGAUGGGAAAGCGUCUUCUAUUUCUCAGGCCUGCUCACGUUGCUUUGGGUCUACUGCAUGUGCAAAUAUCUCCUGAAUGAAAAAGAACUCAUCAUCCCAUUAGAAGACAUAGCCAAGGGCCUCUCCUUAUCGAAACAGUCCAAAGUGCCUUGGAAACAGUUAUUUAAAAAGCCCCCUGUUUGGGCUGUAAUAGUAGCUCAGCUAUCUGCAGCAAGUACCUUUUUCACCCUGCUCUCUUGGCUGCCGACGUUCUUCAAGGAAACAUUCCCUGAUUCGAAAGGGUGGAUAUUUAACGUCAUUCCGUGGCUGGUGGCAAUUCCAUCAAGUCUCUUCAGUGGAUUCCUUUCCGAUCAGUUUAUCAGUCAAGGAUAUAAAACAAUCACCACUCGUAAGUUUAUGCAGGUCGUUGGCUCUGGUGUGUCUAGUAUUUUCGCCUUGUGCAUCGGUCACACCUCCAGUUUCUGCAGAGCGGUUGUGUUUGCUUCCGCUUGCAUAGGACUUCAGAGUUUUAACCACAGCGGCAUUGCAGUCAACGUGCAGGAUUUGGCCCCGUCGUGCGCUGGCCUGUUGUUUGGUGUGGCAAACACUGGUGGAGCUUUAUUAGGUGUCGUCUGCGUGUACUUGGCUGGACAUCUGAUUGAAAGCACAGGUUCCUGGGUGUCUGUCUUCCAUCUUGUGGCCACAGUGAAUACCCUUGGACUUUGCACAUUUCUGAUCUUUGGAGAAGCCCACAGAUUAGACACAGACUCUGUUUAUGUAGAUUUAUAAACCCUUCUGUGGACUACAUGUGCAAACCCCAGGACAAAGUCAGACUGGAAACACCGGCUUGUGUGAGACAGCAGCUGAAUUUAAGCUGAACAUGGCAAUAAUAGUAUUGGCUAUGGAAUGAAGGAAACCCACAUAUUAUCAGAUUGGCUGUGAGGUCGUCUUGUGGUAGGGUUCUCAUUCCCCUGUCUGGGGUAGGGGAUCUCCUGAUUGCACCCUUUCCCCCCUGUGGCAACUCACUUGGCUAGCAGGGGCGCACAUUCCCUGGGGUGCCCCCUCUCUGGGUGGUGCAUUGCACCCCUGGGCAGGGGAUGUGCUCCCGCGCCAUGACAGUGGCCCGCUCUUGGCGCUGCCACCAGUGCCGUGGCCCACUCUCACUGCCAUCGCCGCCGCUGUUGUCACCCGCUCUCACUGCCACUGCCGCAUGCUCUUGUCACUGCCACCAUGGCCCCUUUGCAUCAAACAAGAGUGGGCUGCGGCCGCAGUGGCGAGAGCAGUCUGUGCCAGCGAGGACAAGGGCCCCUUUGACCUGGGGGCGCCCUUUGACCCCCACAUGAUGAUGUCACUCCAGGAAGUGACAUCAUCAUGUGAGCCAGGAGCAUGCGCACGCUGUGUGUACGCAUGAAGAAAGAAGCCAGGGUAAGUGCCGGCUCCCAAUGCCCCACGGGAGAGCCCAGGGUCUCCCGUCGAGGGACUCAAAGUCCCGGGCAACCCUAUCUUGCAGCCUUCCUUUUAACUCAAUGUUAUUGUUGGGUGUGUGGACCAUUUUUCUGGCAACUUGGAAGACCGUAAGACCUCCAAGUUACCUAUGCUAUAGGCCAGUUCAGGAUCAUUUUCUUCUGAAACAGUGUUUAAAUUACAGACAGAGAACUCUCAAACAAAGUGUUUAAAAUUCUUCCACCAAACUGCUGCUAAUUAGUUGGUAGCUGUGACCAUGUGGAUCUAGGAUUGUCAGCCUCUAGGAGGUGGUUGGAGAUCUACCAGAAUUACAACUGAUCUCCAGACAACAGAGAUCAGUUCCCCUGAAGAAAAUGGCUGCUUUGGAGGGUGGACUCUGUGGCAUUGUACCCUCCCUUCCCCAAAUCUGCCCUCUCCAGGUUCCAACCCCCCCAAAUCUCCAGGAAUUUCCCAACCGGGACCUGCAACUCUCAUGGAUCCCAAAGAUGAUUUUCUUCUAGAAAGCUUAACAUAUUUUUGGAAGCCGUCUUAGACGUCCUCCAAAAAAGAGCUGAAGUUUGUACUGACCAUUUUAAUGUUCUGCUUCGGUGACCCUGAAGCUAAGCAGCCUAACUAAACAUCCAAACCCAGUCUGAGUUUCCCCAAACAUAACCACAAGAACUCCCAGUGUUUCUUAGUGCAAUAAUUCUUAGUUGAUUUUUGGUGUUGCAUGAAAUCCUCAUACAACACCAAAUUUUUCACAUGGCGGGGAGAACUUUAUUUGUGGGGGAAAUUGCACUCAAGUGCAACAGGGUAGAACUGUGGCUUGCUUCCUCUAACUCAGUACAUGAAAUGUUUUAUGGACCAUGUUGGGUCCAUAAAGCAUUUCAUGCAGCAUAAAAGCUUUGAGCCUCUUGCCCCCCCCCCCCACUCCUGCAGCAAUGUCAGGCAACACAGAAGGGCUGUUUCCACACUGUU